AUGGCACCAUCUAUAUCAGCCAUCCGAGCUUUGAACACUUCGUUCUCUCCCUCGUACCUUCCUUGCGCUGUCUUUGUAGGUGGCACUUCAGGCGUCGGGCAAGGAAUGGCGGAAGCCUUUGCACGGCACACCAAAGGAAAUGCACAUAUUAUCCUCGUCGGACGUAACUCCUCCGCAGCAGAAUCCAUCAUCGCGACCUUCCCUCGACCAACAUCUUCUUCAGCCAAGCAUGAAUUCAUUACAUGCGAUGUCUCGCUGAUGAAAAACGUUCAACAGACGACCCAGGAACUGCUUUCACGGGUAACAAAAAUCAACUUUCUUGUUCUUUCGCCAGGGUUGUUGAGCUUGAAUGGGAGAGACGAAACCGAGGAAGGCAUCGAUAGAAAGAUGGCACUGCAUUACUACGCACGUUGGAAGUUUAUUCAUGGGUUGAUUCCGGCCCUUCUGAAAGCCAAGGAGGCAGAUGAAGAUGCAAAGGUGUUUUCUGUCCUGGCGGCUGGAAAAGGGGGAAAGGUCGAUUUGGAUGAUCUUGGAUUGAAGAAGACAUUCUCGCUGUCCGCUGCUGCUUCUCAAGUCCCAACUUAUAAUGACCUUAUGAUGGAGGAAUACGCCUCCCGGUACCCAUCUUUGUCUUUUAUACACGCCUACCCUGGAUGGGUCCGCACAAAUAUUGGCUCUGCCUCACCUUCCCCCUUUAUCCGUGUUACUACGAAAUUGGCGACCAGCCGUCUCAGUCCGCUUUCAUAUCUGGCAACUGAACAGAACGACGCUGGUGAAUAUUUACUAAAUGGGCUCCUGAACACAGUAUCCGGACCAGGCGCUUGGGGGAUCGGAGAGCACGGAGAAAAUGUUGGGAAGACGCGUCACUCAGGUGACGAGGAAAUACGGAAGAAACUUUGGGAACAUACUGUACAGACGACGGGCUCAAACGCUUAA